GGAGGAGCAGAGUGAAAUUCAGCAGAGAGAUAGGAGACCAGAGAGAUAUUGAGUGAGCUGAAGGGGAGGCAGAGAGAUUCUGCCUGUGUGCGCUGUGCUACACUGUGCAUCAUCACUUGGGAGUGUUGGACUUCGUCUCACAGAGGACGUGUGGAAUUUCCAGCUUUCUUUCCCUUCGUGUUCUCCAGCAAACGUGUGAUUUGCCACAGACAUCAAUUCCCUGAGAGGGGAGCCUACUUCGCCUGCAGCCUCUGCUGGGCUCUGUGGACUCGAUGAGACAUUUUCUCGAUGAGGUAACAGAAAGAACAGAUCCUUACCGAGAAAUACAAGCAUGAAGGACGGCCGUGUCGAAAUAACAGAUAACACAUCAAUUGAACGGAGAAGAGGCAUCUCUUAACCAGGAGAGGAGAUCUGCUCAUGAGAAUAAAGACAAUCCUUCAUCUAAGAGCCUAUCGACUGAAGAGGGCCCUCCACUUCUUCCUUGGAAAGGUCCAGCUCUUUCCAGAAGACUAACACAAGGCCAUCCAGAGCUGGAAGAGUAGCCUCGCUCAAACGACUGAUUCAAUAAGCACCUGACUGGUUAGGAAAAACCCUUCUCCGAUCAGAUCUUCAGUUUCAUUCUGGCACAGAUUUUGUCAUCUUUGACACAGAUCUUUAACUUUAUUGUAUUUACAAACAUGCAUCAGGCGGAGUAGCAGGAGUAGCUCUCUCGCCACUCUUCUGGGGAGUGGUGGUGGUGCCCAAUAGUUGUGACCGGUCCCUGUCCUGGAUGGUCAUGGUCCAUAUUGGAUGCUGAACCCAUCGCUUGAACCCGCUUGUGUCCAUGAAGAGGUUUGGCAGCCUGAGGAGGAGUAAGAAGCGGAAGGAGCAGGACCUGCUAGCGGAAGGAAGACGACAGUCAGAGCCACCAUGUCUGCCUGUCUCCGGCCUCUCGUCUUCCCCCACCCCACCCAGCACCCCCACCCAGGCCCCAAGCCAGUCCAUGCUGUUCCCCCAGGAGGUCCACCAGAGUGCCCCUGGACGUCUGGGCCGCUCCCUCUCGUCACCCCCACCAGACACCGGACAGCGCCUCAGCCUGCCCGCCUCUGCCAAGCCCCCCAUGCCCUCGUCCUCUCCGAUACCGUACGCCUUCCCACUGCCCCAAGCUACCUCACAGCCAAAUUUCUACGGUUUAUUCGAAGGCAUGCUGGAGAAACUUGAACUAGACGAUGAUGGUGUUGCUGCUGAACCAGACAGUGAUAUUUACAUGCGCUUUAUGAAGUCCCAUAGCUGCUAUGACAUCGUUCCCACCAGCUCCAAGCUGGUUGUGUUUGACACUGGACUGCAAGUGAAGAAGGCUUUCUUUGCCUUAGUGGCCAAUGGGGUGCGUGCUGCUCCACUGUGGGACUCAGAGAGGCAGUGUUUUGUGGGAAUGUUGACAAUCACAGACUUCAUCAUCAUACUACACAGAUACUACAAGUCACCGUUGGUGCAAAUAUAUGAGUUGGAAGAUCAUAAGCUUGAGACGUGGAGAGAAGUAUAUUUGCAAGAGACAUUCAAACCUUUAGUGAACAUAUCACCUGAAUCAAGCAUAUUUGAUGCAGUGUAUUCCCUCAUCAAAAACAAGAUCCACCGUCUGCCUGUCAUCGACCCUGUUACAGGAAACCCACUUUACAUCCUCACACACAAGAGGAUCCUCAAGUUCCUACAGCUCUUUGUGCGCGAGAUGCCCAAGCCAGCCUUUAUGAAGCAGACCUUGGUGGAGCUGGGCAUCGGUACCUACAAGAACAUAGCUUUCAUCCACCCUGACACACCCAUCAUCAAGGCCCUGCAGAUCUUCGUAGAGAGGAGGGUGUCUGCCCUGCCUGUGGUGGACGUAUCUGGGAAAGUGGUGGAUAUUUACUCCAAAUUUGAUGUCAUAAACCUGGCAGCAGAGAAGACGUAUAAUAACCUGGACAUCACCGUGACCCAGGCUCUGAGGCAUCGCUGGCAGUACUUUGAGGGGGUCAUGCAGUGCCACAAGCUGGACACACUGGAGACCAUCGUGGACAGGAUUGUCAAAGCAGAGGUCCAUCGGUUGGUGGUGGUGGAUGAUCGCUCGGCCAUCGAGGGCAUCAUCUCCUUGUCUGACAUCCUGCAGGCCCUGGUGCUCAGCCCAGCAGAUGCCUGCAGAGAGGAGGGCCUGCUGGAGUGAGAGGGGAAAAGCUGUGGGGACCACUGAGGUUGAAGGCUGUCAUAAAAUGUAGUAUUCUACUUCUAUGGCUUCAGACAUUGGGCCCAGAGCCCUUGGUAUUGAUGCUCUAGACUUUGAAACCAAAAGGCUGGGCUGGACUGAUACGGGGAUGUAAAGGGCUCUAAUGCCUGAGGACCAGCAUCUCUCUGUCUAAUUGGAACUGGGCUUCAUUCACUGUGGGAGGGUUAUAGUAGGGUGGAAUGAUGACGCAGGGUGAGGUUGAGCCAGUCUGGAGUCUGUGGCUAUGUAUAUGAGAGCUAUGUAUAUUUUGGUUUUGCUCUCUAUCUUGCUGCUCUGUCGUUGUUCCAGCAACAGUGCCUAGUCACUCCCAGUAAGUUUUAAACCUUCAAGGAACAAGAAGAUUGACAGACAUGGUCAAAGCGUCUUAGACUUGAUGAUACACACUUUAGGAUAAAUGGCAGGUUUUCAUGCUUUACCUUGUAAUGGUGGAAGGGUCUGUAUUUUUAUAUGAGUAAUAUGCUGUGAAGAGAGACGGAACAUAAAAAAGGCCAUAUUUUAAGACGUGUUUUGCCUGCUUCAUGUACUUGCAAAGGAAAAUGGCAGAUUCUGAACUGCUCACAACUGGUCUCCUGUGCUGUGGCCAGAGUAACACAACUCGGACAAAACUCAUCUCUGUUCUAUUACUGUAAAUAACAACGUUUUGAAGAAAAGUGCCAGAGAAAGCUUUAUUUUUUUUAAAUCUAAGUUUAAAACAAAUUAUGUUAAACUGACUACAGUUUAAUAUUAUUUUUGUAAAUAUAACGUGGCAGUAAAAUGUUGUAUUCAAAGAUGGACUGUACAUGUGCAAGCGAUAAAUGACACUAUAACAGUUAUAAAUGUUGUUCUUUACUUUUCUAAAAGCAGCAAAAUAAACAAUGACACUGUAUUUUUAUGUAA